CUCCGCCCUGCUCCCUCUCUUCCCUACCUUGUCAACUCCCUCGUUACGGCCCCUAAACUCGACCAUCCGAAGGCUCUUCUUGUCGUCUUGGAUCUGAAUGGCGUUUUGGCCAUUCGCAAGAAAAGGACGAAGAGUUACACCCCUAGGCCUCAGCUCGCUCCUUUUCUAGAUUACCUGUUUGCCAACCACCAUGUCAUGAUCUGGUCCAGCGGUAUGCCUGAGAACGUCGAACGCAUCAUGGCCCGUAUGUUGUCUGAAGAAAGGCAACAACAACUCGUUGCCAUUUGGUCGCGCGACAAGCUUCGCUUACCAGCCCAUCUUUUUGCUGAGAAAGUCCAGGUCUACAAGCAACUGAGCUGGAUCUGGGAAGACCCGACUUUGCAGCUGAAUGCGCCGCUUGGAGGCUGGAGCCAGAGAGAUACAGUGUUGAUUGAUGACUCGAUCGACAAGGCCGCCGCUGAGCCUCAUAAUCUGAUCGAGGUAGACGAGUAUACCGGCAUCCCUGCGCAGAGUGAUAACAUGACUCUGCUGCAUGUAAUUGCAUAUCUGGAGCGCAUCCGCUGGUAUGGAAAUGUCAGUGCAGAGAUGCGUGCUGCUCCCUUUAUUGCGCCGAAGGCCUGA